AUGUUGAGACUAAUUCCUGAAGAUUUCGUGAAAUCUACACACACCAACAAUUGGGCAGUGCUCGUAGAUACAUCUCGGUUUUGGUUUAAUUAUAGACAUGUAGCCAAUGUUUUAUCUAUCUAUCGAAGUGUUAAACGUCUUGGCAUACCAGAUAGUCAAAUUAUUUUAAUGAUAGCUGAUGACAUGGCUUGUAAUCCAAGAAAUCCCAGACCUGCGACUGUUUUCAAUAAUGCAAAUCAACAUAUUAAUGUAUAUGGAGAUGAUGUCGAAGUAGAUUAUAGAGGAUAUGAGGUAACAGUAGAAAAUUUCAUCCGUUUAUUAACUGGAAGAUUGCCCCCUGAAACACCGAGAUCAAAACAGUUGUUAAGUGAUGAAGGGAGCAAUAUUUUAAUUUACUUAACAGGGCAUGGAGGUGAUGGAUUUUUAAAAUUCCAAGAUUCAGAAGAGGUUACUAGUCAAGAAUUAGCUGAUGCAUUACAGCAAAUGUGGCAGAAACGAAGAUACAAUGAACUAUUCUUCAUGAUCGAUACAUGUCAAGCAGCUUCCAUGUAUGAAAAGUUUUACUCGCCAAAUAUUUUAGCUGUUGCAAGUAGUUUACUUGGAGAAGAUUCAUUAUCGCAUCAUGUGGAUCCUGCCAUUGGUGUGUAUAUAAUAGAUAGAUAUACAUACUAUGCAUUAGAUUUCCUAGAAAAAGUUCAUCAAAGCAGUACUAGAAGUAUGGCUGAUUUUUUGAAGGUGUGUCCAAAAAGUGUUUGCAUUUCAACAGUUGGUGUCCGAAAAGAUUUAUUUAAAAGAGAUGUUAGUAAAGUUCCAAUUACAGACUUUUUUGGAAGCGUUAGACCAAUCGAGAUUACAUAUGAUGCAAUUAAUAUUACAAUUACUGAAUCCAAAGAAGACUCGAAAGAAUCCGCAGAAAGUACAAGACCUCAAAAUAAAAGAUAUUACUAUGCUGAGCAAUUUCCAAGUCAUUUAUUUAAAUAAAAUUAAACUUUUUUAACUUUUAUUUUAUAUUAUUUUAAGUUAUCUA